CCCCUUCUGCCCUCUCUCUCUCUCUCAAUCACCUGACUCACUCACCCACGUCAAUGUGUUUGUGUGUGUGUGUGUGUGUGUGUGUGUGUGUGUGUGUGCAUGUGCGUGCGUGUGUGUAGGUGUGGUGAAGGUGUGAUGCACAAUGUGAGAAACAGGAGCGUAGCAGGAGCACUUUAGUCGUCCGUAUAGUCCUGUAGGGUUUGCAAGUCCCAUGAUUCUGAGAGAGAUUCAAAAUGAUUCGCUUCUUGUUGCUGUUCAGCAAGCAGGGAAAGCUACGUCUGCAAAAGUGGUUCAUGCCAUUAACAGAUCGGGAGAAGAGGAAGGUGAUCCGGGACAUGAUGAUGAUUGUUUUGGCCCGUCCGUCGCGCUCGUGCAACUUCCUGCAAUGGAGAGACCUCAAGAUUGUGUACGCUAGCCUAUAUUUCUGUACUGGACUGGAAGGGCAAGAUAAUGAGCUUCUGAGCCUCGAGGUACUGCACAGAUAUGUCGAACUGCUGGAUAAAUACUUUGGCAACGUGUGUGAGCUGGACAUUAUUUUCAACUUUGAAAAGGCGUAUUUCAUCUUGGAUGAAUUCUUAAUGGAGGGAGAAGUGCUCGAAACCUCCAAAGCGGCCGUGGGUGUUUCUCUACAGGAGGCUGAUGCACUUCAAGAGACAAUGGAGGAAUAUAUGAACAAACCUUCUUAUUAAUCCAUAAUAAGAAAGUGACUUUUCACAUCUCAGGACUUAAACCAGAAGAUUUAAAUCUGUGCAAUAUUUUCACUUUGUCAUAAACUGCAAAGAGUGCUGCUGUAAAUUGGCCUUUUUUAAUAUCUGCAUGUAUGCUUACUGCAAUGUCUCCAAUUUAGUUUUAAAAUGCAGCUAAAUCAAGAAUGUUUGUUUUCUAGGGAACAAAUAAAGAAAUAUCAAUAUCUUCACAAAA